AUGUCCAGUUCAUUUAGCCUUCAUACGGCUCUGGAAGAAUUAGAUUCCCUUGACACAAAAGCCAAACAAGAUUCAGGCUCGCAAUUCGAGAUCGCGGUUAAAUGUCUUGAAGAACCUCUCAAAUGGUUACAAUCGGGUAUCGAUCAAUCUUCCUCAUUGACUUUUCAACAAAGACUUCAACUCAUCCAGCAUCCGGCCUGGAAGCGACACCUCUGGGUAGUCUGCCAGACGAUCAUUCCGCACUGGGCAUUCGCGCUCGGUCCUUCUAGUCCUCACCGCAAUUUACUUGAAUCAACCUUUGUGCAUCUCAACGAUACAACUACAAAUCAUACAGCUAAUUUAUCUCAACAACAAAAACAAGCGCAAGAGUCUUGUACGAUGGCUCUGACAGGUCUUACAAUCUUGUUGGAGUGUCUGGUGACAGAAAAAGAUUGCUCUCUUGGUGCACUCGAGAUCUACUCUCAACUCAUAAAGAAUCUUGUGUCUCCAGCACUUUUAAAGCUCUAUAUUAAAAGUCAAACAGAUACAACGGAUCGAUCAAACGGUUUGACUACUGCUAAUAAUUCACCAAAAUCAACAGCAACAAAGACGACGACGACUAUGAUGGAUUCUCAAUUUUUAUGUACUCUUUUAUGUUCAAUUCCUGCACGCUUAGGAAAUGCAUUCGGGCUCCAAACAAUAGGAAAAUACGGCGAGACAAAUGAAUGGUACUUGGAUAAAAAUUAUUUUGUAGUGCUGUCUCGGCAAUUGGCGUACGCGGCUAUUGAGACUGAAGAAUAUGAUGAAAAAGAAGAAGAAGGGGACUCGUGUGUAUCAAAAGAUACGACCAAUAAUUAUAAAAAUAAAUUGAGGAAGAAUAAGGAUAAGAAUAAGAAGAGUUGUAUUGGGUUCAUGGCCGAGUUGUUGGCCAAAAUGCUCCGUCAAGGUUAUGCAGAAACAUGCAUUAGAACUAUAUAUCCAAUCGCAUUGGCACACUUGAUAUCAGCACCAUGGACCAAGCUAUGGGAAGAUGCUGAAAGUUUGUCUACUUCUCAUGGCUUAUCCAAAGCAACCUUGUUUUUUGUCCAUGAGACCUUGAUGUCUCAACAGACCGACAAGACCCAGCCGAUCAAAGGGUCUGUGAUCAAGGCAGUUGUUGUUGAUUUGGCAACUAUUGUUUUUGGACCCUCCCCUCCUAUCUCUUUGCCUUCUCUAGUCGAUAAAACAGACACAGCUAAGAAACAACAACAACAACAAAGGCAAAGACAGCGACGGAUUAUUGAAUUUUUAAAGCAUGUAAUCUUUGAACUUUGUGGUGUGCGAUGGACUGACACGGAUGUUCUACGGCUGGCAAUUGCGACAGCUGUUGUUGCCAGUGGUCUUGAUUGGGACCAAGAUUCAAAAGAGUGGAGGUUAUCAGAGAAGACUAGUACGAUGACAAUUGAGCUACUGACAGCUGUUAUUGAGAAAUGGACAGAUCCUGUGUUUAUUCGCCACAGCAGCGAAAAAGAACGCCACUAUAUUACAGGAGCAUUGAAUAUAUUGGCUGGAUAUCUUGAUAAAGAUAGUCUUGCUCAAGUUGUUUCAGGUACUUCUCUUAUGAGUGGUAUUACCAGAUGGUUUGGUAGCGCAGACAUUGGUACAGCCAAGUUGGGAGUAGUGGUUGCGGAGAGUGUAUCUGGGCGUAUAGAUUCAAAAGAGUCUCGAUUUGCGUGUGGGGUAUUAGAUUUACAGACCGACCGCAACCUCUUCCGACUCAAGGACUUGAUCGAUACUAAAGAUGCACUUCAACAAGAAACCAAAUGCGAUGAAGAGUGUUUAAAAGACCUAUUUGAAAAUGAUCAAGAUUCUAAUCGAGAAUUAGAAAGGGAACUCAAAGAACCAGAAGAAGAAACUGAACUUGAUCCUGACGCCUUAUUUGAUCCAAAUGAAUCGGAAGUAUCAGAAGAAUCUGAUUUGGAGCCUUACCUAAUGGAAACUGAAUCUGAAGAAGAUAACGAUGAUGAUGAUGGUGAUGCUCACGGUCCUGGUGGUGGAAACAGUAGCAAUGGUAGAAAAGGUGUUAGGGUAAAGGCCAAAAGUGUAAGACAACCAGCCUACAUGCUUGACUUGAUCAGUUACCUUGAAGAUCAUGACGAUCCAGUCAAGCUUGAAAUUGGCUUGGGUGCAGCAAAGACGAUUAUCCGGCAAAAGGCAGGCAUCGGAAGUGAGAUAGGGGAAAACUGUGUCCAGGUGGCUUCACUGCUAAUUCGGUUACCCGAGACGUACGAAUUAACCAAUUUCAGACAACGACAGCAAGAUGCAUUGGUAGCUCUUGUGGUUGCUGCACCCGAAACAGUGACAAGUUUUAUUAUUGAUCAAAUAUACAAUCGAAACUCUUCAAAUGGUCAAAAACAACUGCUGCUAGCCGUAAUAGCACUUUCUGUACGAGAAUUGGCUGGUUGGACAGAAGACAGGGUUACGGAUAUUCUAGACAAGGCAAUUGACAAAAAGGAUCCUGGGUCACUUUCAGGUACCCAGUUGACCCGACCGACUGGAACGGUCAGGGUGUUCUCUCAUAGUACUGAAAUCGAACGGAAGCGUAAAGAAGCCACAAAGGCAAAUCGACUCAAUGGACUAGCCCAGCCGGUUUUCUUUACUCCAUUGUUACUUGGAUGGUGGGAGGGUGCCGAAACUAGAGCAAGAUGGUGGAUAGGACACGAUAAACUAUUGUCCGAACGGUUCAUUAUGACACUCAAUAUAAUUCUACAUAGUUCAACAAACACUGUGGAUAAACGGCGUAUUGUGACAGAAUAUUUUGAAUUUUGUUCAUCUUUGCGCUACACCAACUGUACCCGUGGGAUGAAACGUUCAAUGCUACUUGGAAUUGACACGAUAUUAAAUACAAGCUACAGAGAUCAAACCGAAUUACUUGUAAAUCAAUUUGCAAGAGAAUUAGCUGGUGUUCAAGAAUGGUUACAAGAUAUUGUGGAAGGCGUAGAUGAAGAUGAGAUUAAGCAACUUGCUAUCAAAUUACUGGACGAAGAUAAUAAAGCGGUUGAGAAAGGAUAUCGUCCUAACGUGUUAUUAUUUUAUGAUUUGAAAUCAAUCAAACUAACAAAAGAUAGAAAUGUCAUUAAUAUGCAUGCAUAUAUAUGCAUUUAA